AUGUAUACAGUAUCUCAAAGGGUUAGAAAUAGAGGAGCUCAAGUACUAUGCAAAAGGCUCUCAAGCAGUGUAAAAAUCACCGGGUUCAAAUUAAAUAAAGAAGAUUUACCCACAAAUGCUACCAUCUUUAGUAUGAUUCAACCAACUGGUAAAUUCCAUUUGGGGAAUUACUUGGGUGCAGUGAGGGUUUGGAAAGAUAUUUCAGAUUUGCAAGAUGAUAGUACACGAUCUCUUUUUGGAACAGCCGAUCUACAUGCUAUUACUAUACCUAAACCUAACGUGAAAGACUUCAAAACAUAUCGGACAGAAGCUAUUGCAUCUAUCCUAUCUAUCGGAAUCGAUCCAGAAAAAUCAACUGUCUUCCACCAAUCUAGUGUAAGACAGCAUACGGAACUUCAUUGGAUGUUGUCGACUUUUGCACCUAUGGGUUAUUUGAACAGGAUGACGCAAUGGAAAUCAAAAGCCAAUAUAAAUGACAAUCCUGAUGAAGCUGCUCUAGGCGCUAUAAAAUUGGGUCUAUUCUCAUAUCCUGUGCUUCAAGCAGCGGAUGUUUUGUUGUACCGUUCUACUCAUGUUCCAGUCGGGGAUGACCAGUCUCAGCACCUAGAAUUGACAAGGCAACUAGGUAACACGUUCAACAAAUUUUAUAAAACUGAUUACUUCCCUACACCAACCACAAUCUUAUCGCCAACAAAAAAGAUUCUGUCACUUUUGAACCCAUCAAAGAAAAUGUCGAAAUCGGAUCCUAACCAAAACUCUGUGAUAUAUAUUACAGACGAACCUGAUGUAAUUGCCAAGAAAAUCAAGAGAGCUGUGACAGAUUCAAUAUCAUCUAGUUUCUAUUAUGAUCCUGAAGGCCGUCCUGGUGUUUCCAACUUGAUCAAUAUUGUUUCUGGAGUGCAAAGAAAGUCGACCGAACAAGUAGAAAAUGACAUCAAGCAUAUAGAUAACCACAAGGACUUUAAAGACUACGUUACUGAAGUUUUAGUUGAGGAAUUGGCUGCUCCACGUAAAAAAUUCUAUGAUUAUAUGAGAAACCCUGAAUAUUUGAACCAAGUAUCCGAAGCUGGUGCCGAUAAGGCCCGCGCUAUAGCGGAAAAGAAUAUAACUGAUAUUAAACGAAUCAUGGGCUUUUUGUAA